AUGUGUGGAAUUUUGGCAAUUUUAAAUGUAAAAGGAACAGAGGUAUCUGUAAGAGCAAAAGCUUAUGAACUAUCAAGAAGGAUAAGACAUAGAGGUCCAGAUAGAUCAAAGAUAAUUGUUCUUGUAAUAAUUUUCGAGUAAUUUUAAGGAAAUCAGCCCUGGCCUGUAUCAUGUGAUUUCCCACGAAAGGUUGGGAUUAGUUGAUCUAAGUGAUAAAGGGAGACAACCUUUUAGGAUGGUGGAUGAUGAAAAUAUAAUCUUUAUGCAGAAUGGGGAGCUAUAUGAUUACUGGGAUGUAAGACCCAUGUUGGAGAAGAAAUAUGGAUUUAGCAGUAAUUCUGACACAGAGAUAGUAGGAAUGUUAUACAAAGAGGUAUGAAGGGUAGAUUAAAUAUAGUAUGGGGCAGGAACCUUCUGGAAUCACUUGAAUGGGAUGUUUGCAACUGUUCUAAUUGAUAUGAGUAAGAAAUCAUUUUAAGCGGGGAGAGAUCAUAUUGGUAUAAUACCAUUAUAUUAUGGAUAUAAUGAAGACGGAUCUCUGUUUUUAUCCUCUGAGUUGAAAGGAAUUCAUGAUUAGGUUGUCGAAGUCAGAUAGUUCCCUCCAGGUUAUAUAUAUAUAUAUAAUAUUUAGGCCAUUAUAUUGAUGAAACAUAUGAGAUUAAGAGAUGGUAUAAUCCAAUUUGGAAUAACUUUGAUCAUAUACCAACAGGAGCGAUCAAUUUUUAAGAGUUGAGGGAUAAGUUUGUGGAAGUGGUUCGAAGAGAAGUUCAAGGCGAUGCUCCAUUUGGAUUGUUUAUUUCAGGAGGGUAUCUUUUUAAUGAUGACUAUAAUAGUGUUGAUUCUUCAAUAGUAGCUGGAAUUGUGGCUAAAUUAAUAAAGAGAGGAGAAAUAGAUUUGAGUAAGAGAGGAAUGAGGAAAGUUCAUUCCUUUUGCAUUGGAUUGGAAGGAUCUCCAGAUUUACAUUAUGCUAAGAAGGUGGCAGAUUUCCAUGGAUUUGAACAUCACUCAUUCACGUAUACAGUAGAUGAAGGAUUGGAUUACAUCCCUGAAGUUAUAUAUCAUACAGAGACAUUCAAUAAUACAACCAUUAGAGCAUCAACUCCUAUGUAUAUGAUGUGUAGAAGAAUCAAAGCAUUGGGAAUCAAAAUAUGUUUGACAGGUGAAGGAAGUGAUGAGUUAUUUGGUGGAUAUUUGUAUUUCCAUAAAGCACCUAACAGAGUAGAAUUUCAUUAAGAAUUAAUCAGAAAACUUCAUGAUUUACAUAAGUAUGAUCUUCUCAGAGCCAACAAAGCUUGUUUGGCAUGGGGUAUUGAGACUCGGCCUCCAUUCAUGAAUAAAUAAUGGAUAGAAUAUGUUAUGCAAAUAGAUCCCAAAUAUAAGAUGAUUAAUGCCUUCGAACCUCAAAUGGAAAAAUAUAUUCUAAGAAAAGCAUUUGAGGAUUUAGAGCAUCCAUUUGUGCCAUAGGAAAUUCUAUGGAGAUAAAAAGAAUAGUUUAGUGAUGGAGUUGGUUAUAGUUGGAGAGAUGGUAUUAUGAAGCGAGCUAAUUAUUUAAUCUCGGAUUAAGAAUUUUCUUAAGCAUCUAUCAAGUACCCAAUAUCAACACCCAGGAACAAAGAAUAAUAUUGGUUUAGAUAGAUUUAUUCAUCCUAUUUCCCGAGUGAAAGUGCUGUUCUGACUGUUCCUUUUGCCCGAUCCAUUGCUUGUUCAACCGAAAAAGUUAUCUAUAUUUAUCAUCUUUUAGGCUUUAGAAUGGGAUGAAGCAUUCAAAAAGAAUACAGAUGAAUCAGGAAGAGCUGUAUUAGCUGUUCACAAUGAUGCAAUCAAGGUAAUCACCUAAUUAGAUGAUGAUCGUUCAACUGAGGAUAUUUCCAAAGUGCAGGAGCAUUUCUAAUUAUGA